AGGGGUGGGGGCUGCGGGCGCUCAGGAAGAUGGCGCCGAUGGAAUGCGCGGAGCGAGUGCGAGACUGAGAGCGGCGGCAGAUAGAAUACAUCCAUUGCCUGCUGGCGAGCAAUGGAGGAGGAGGUGGAAGGAACCUAUCGGCUGCUGCAGACUCCUGGAGCUCGACUUGGAGCCCAGACAAUACCAGGGGUCAGCACGCUGGAGCCACAGCAGAGUUUAUCCUCAGCUUUGGCAGUGGCCUCACCCAAACUUCGGGGGAGAAGGAUCCAGCUCACGUUGCGGUUGUUGGAUAACACAGAGGAGCAGUUUGAAGUAGAGCAAAAGGCCUAUGGUGAGUCUCUGAUGAAUGAAGUUUUUCUGCGUCUCAACCUCACCGAAAGUGAUUACUUUGGCCUGGAAUUCCAGAACAGCCUGGGGAAUGAGAUUUGGCUUGAGCCUGCAAAACUUAUUGUGAAACAAGUCCAAAGACCAAAGAACACCAUAUUAAGACUGUCUGUGAAGUUCUUCCCCCCAGAUCCAGGCCAACUACAAGAGGAAUACACAAGAUACUUGUUUGCAUUGCAGAUUAAGCGGGACCUAGCAGAGAGCAGACUAAUGUGUAAUGAGAACACUGCAGCACUUCUCACCUCUCAUCUCUUGCAAUCUGAAAUCGGAGAUUAUGAUGAAGCUCUAGAUAGGGCGCACCUGAAAGAAAACACACUCUUGCCAAAUCAGGAAAAGUUACAGGAAAAGAUCAUGGAAUUCCACAGGAAACACAUGGGCCAUACCCCUGCAGAGUCUGAUUUCCAGGUGUUAGAGAUAGCAAGGAAACUUGAAAUGUAUGGAAUUCGGUUUCAUCCAGCCUCUGACAGGGAAGGAACUAAAAUCAACCUGUCUGUCGCGCAUAUGGGAGUGCUGGUCUUUCAGGGCAAUGUAAAAAUCAACACCUUCAACUGGUCAAAAAUUCGGAAACUUAGUUUCAAGAGGAAAAGAUUUCUCAUCAAGCUGCAUCCAGAAGUUCAUGGUCCAUACCAGGAUACUCUAGAGUUUCUGCUGGGAGACCGUGAUCUAUGUAAGAUUUUCUGGAAGAACUGUGUUGAAUACCACACCUUCUUCAGACUCAUGGACCAACCGAAAGCAAAGGCCAAACCUGUUUUCCUCAGCAGAGGCUCCUCAUUCCGAUACAGCGGUCGGACACAGAAGCAGCUCGUUGAUUACAUGCGGGAGAGUGUGGUUAAGGCAACUCCUUAUCAGAGGCGGCACGGCAGAGCACAAGUCUCGCCUCGGAAUUUGAGCGCAGACGUGCCCAAACAGAGUUUAUCAGUUACUGAGUGUUUAGAAGUCCCGGGGUCCCCUUCCUCAGCGACCAUCUCCUUCCAGUCCAUCCAGUCUACGUAUAAAAGUGCCGCUGAUCAUCAGCCCGUCCAUCCUGAUAAUGCAAGAGUGCUCCUUGACAAGACCGCCCAGAGGUCCCCAGCAGAAGUGAAGAUGAGUCCAGUGUUUGAACAGGCGUGGAAGAAGAAUUCUGACCAUCCCUCUUCAGUCUCCUUGCAAGGAAGCUUAACCGGAAGCCCUCCCUUUGACACGAAGAACCCUUUGAAUAUGUCCCUUCCUGGAUUCCAGAUGUCCAACCUGAGUCUGCCUGGUCAGCCAUUGUCCCCACUGCAGAGCCCUAUUCUUAGUGAGGCAGGGAGCACAAGAUUGGAUGAUGAGGAAGAAGUCCGGCGAAAGCGUUACCCAGCUGAUAAAGCCUACUUCAUUGCGAAGGAAAUCCUGACCACAGAAAGGACCUAUCUGAAAGAUCUCGAAGUAAUAACAGUGUGGUUCCGCAGUGCAGUUAUCAAAGAGAAGGCCAUGCCGGAGGGGCUAAUGACGCUGCUGUUUUCCAACAUUGAUCCCAUUUACGAGUAUCACCGGGGAUUCCUGAAAGAGAUAGAACAGAGACUCGCUCUUUGGGAAGGACGAUCCAAUGCUCACGUGAAAGGAGAUUAUCAGAGAAUUGGGGACGUUAUGCUUCGGAAUAUGUGUGUUCUUAAGGAGUUUACCAGCUACCUCCAGAAACACGAUGAGGUGUUGACAGAACUGGAGAAAGCCACCAAGCGCUCAAAGAAACUGGAGGCUGUUUACAAAGAAUUUGAGCUGCAGAAGGUGUGCUACCUGCCCCUCAAUACUUUCCUACUGAAGCCCAUCCAGAGGCUAAUGCACUACAAGCUAAUCCUGGAGAGACUCUGCAGGCACUACCCUCCUGAUCAUCAGGACUAUGGAGACUGUCAAGAAGCACUGAUGGAGGUUGGCGAGGUGGUGGCUCAGUUGCAGAGCAGUUUGAUUAGACUGGAGAAUUUUCAGAAACUAACAGAGUUGCAACGAGACCUCAUUGGCAUUGAGAACCUGAUCCUGCCUGGAAGGGAGUUUAUUCGGGAAGGCUGUUUGUACAAACUUACGAAAAAAGGACUCCAGCAGAGGAUGUUCUUCCUGUUCUCUGAUAUGUUACUGUACACGAGCAAGGGAGUGACGAUCACCAACCAGUUCAAAGUACACGGUGAGCUGCCGCUCUAUGGCAUGAUCCUGAUCGUGCUGGAACCCCCGGUUGAAGAGAGUGAAAAUGAAUGGUCAGUUCCACAUUGUUUCACCAUCUACUCUGCACAAAAGACGAUUGUUGUGGCAGCCAGCUCCAGAAUAGAAAUGGGAAAGUGGAUAGAAGAUCUGAACAUGGCCAUUGAUUUGGUGAAGAAGUCGAACGAGAAGGGAGACGCGUUCCUGGAGACCAACAUUUGCGAUCGCUCGAACAGAUCCUCAGAUGAGGUGUCAGUGGAGCAGGAAUCCGAAGACGACACUCACUCUUCCCGCAGUUCGUUGGACAAACAGACCCAUCACCGUGCCAACACCACAAUGCACGUGUGCUGGCAUCGCAACACUAGUGUCUCCAUGAUGGACCACAGUGUUGCAGUGGAGAACCAGCUGUCAGGGUACCUGCUGAGGAAGUUCAAGAAUAGCAAUGGCUGGCAGAAACUCUGGGUUGUCUUCACCAACUUCUGCCUCUUCUUCUACAAGACACACCAGGAUGACUAUCCCUUAGCUAGUCUCCCACUGUUAGGCUAUACGGCCAGUAUGCCCUCCGUGAGUGACAGCAUCCACAAAGAUUAUGUCUUCAAGCUCCAGUUCAAAACUCACGUCUACUUCUUCAGAGCUGAGAGUGAAUACACUUUUGAAAGGUGGGUGGAGGUGAUCAAGAGCGCAACUGGAUCAACAGGUCGGGCAAGCCUUCUGAGCCAGAAGAACACUCAGAUGAAAACCAUUCAAAUGAACUGAAUCAUUAGGAGUUGCACCUGCUACAAUCUUCAAGCAUUACUGCAGGACACAGUGAAUAUUGGAGCCCGGACUCAUUGUCCGCUGUACGAGAGACAAUCUACUUAGAUUAAAAUGAAGAACGGGUUUCAAGGUUAUAAUUGCACUCACACAUAACUGGAUAAGGAGAAAGAUUGUUUGGCAAAAAUUGGGUUUGAUUCUGGCAGGUACACGCCCCUGUAAAACAAAAAGUGCAUAGUAACCUUUCAAAACUUGGGUGGUUCCAUUAAUCAAAACUCGGGUGCUUCAGGGAUCACGUUGUCAACUUGUGCAGCGAGUCCUAAUACAGCAUUGUUCACCUACCAAAGAUGCACUUCCUGUACUGUAAUUAACAACAGAAACCUUCUGUUCUGAAGGUGAAUUGUGGACGGAGUGAGUAAAGAUAUCUACAGUUUCUACCACUCAGUGGUCUGCUCCUUUGGCUAUAAAAGAAGAAAACUCAUAAAUGUAAGUGCCCUGUUAGACUUUUGCACAGUUGUAGCCAGGAUGAAAUUUCAAUUAUUUGUGCGCUCCAUGCCUGGGUUCGGAAAACAAGGGACUCUGUCCUAUUCCUGUCAUUACAUAACACUAUAAACAGCGAUGUUUGUAUUUGUUUUGUCCUGUACACUGUGAGUUUCGGACCUGCUUAGUCCAUACUCUUGGGUCAUCCUUAGUUAUGCAUCUGUCAAUUUGACAGCUGCUUACUUUUCAUUUAAGUAGGUUUACAGCCUUCAUGUUGUAAUUCACAAACACAUGUGGCAGUUUCUACUUAGCAAAUGUAUUGCCUUGGAGAUAUCAAGAAGACAGAAUGAGAAAGGAAUGAGUGAAGUGUUGAAAGGUUUGGGAUCACUAAAUGGAGUGUGCGAUGUCUUAACUCCAAUUUGAUGGGUCACUGGUUGGGUUCAGAUGUUUAUGGCAGGUGUGAAGGCAAAAAUGUUGUACUUCGGUGUGAAAGAGCCACUGUGUCAAGGAAGAUGAGAUUUGGUUUCAAAAUUGACACAUUUUCCCAUUGAAAUAGAGGUUGAAGGCCAAUUGUAAAUCCUGAAGAGAAACAGCAGAAAUAGCCAAUCUAGAGUGAGUCUUACCCCACAUCUAAUUCAUGUUGUACAUCAUCUGAGAGUGCUCAAUGUAUGAGUAAUGAAGAGGAAUCUUAAACUACAUCUAAUCUAGUCUGGCACGACAAGGUACACAGUAUAGAGGGAGCUUCACACUCUGUAAUUAAUCUCUGUGCUACCUAACCUGCUGCUUCUCAGUGGGCAAGUAUAGAGGGAUUUUAUUCGACAUCUGAUUGUGCUAUAUUUGACUUGUGAGUCUUGAUGGGACAAUGUGCAAAGCAGUUUUAUGUUGUAUUUAACCUGUGCUACACCUGAACUGGGACUGCUCAGCAGACAGAGUAGAGAGAGGAUGGCUAUCUGAUUUGGAUUAGGGUCAUACCUAAAGUGAAAAUGUUUUAUGCUGGCAAAGCUGAUAGUUGUGAAAUUUUUGAAUACAGCUUAAAUUUUGAAGGUGGGCUUUUAAGAACUACAGAAAACCGAUUUCUAAUUUAAAGCUUUAAAAAAUUACCAAAUUUUGUUUUCUCUAAAAUGCUACGUAGAUAAAGAACAUCUAGACUCAGCUGGAAUGGGGCAUAUGAAAAUGAGUCCUCUAUAGCAGAUAUGUGCAGCUUGUUUCACAUGUUAUACUGAGUGUCUGUAUGGAGGGGUUCGAUAUUCCUUUCCAUGUUGUAGCGGAGCCCAGUAUGUGGCUCGUGGAAUCCCAUAAUUAAACUAAUGAAAGAAACAAAAUGGGAAAAGUAAUGUGAGAUGAAGGAGAGAGCUUGGAAGAAAGGGAUAAUGGAGGAAAUUGGAAUUAUAUGAAAAAAUAGUUUGAUCCUGACCACAGCAGGUCUCGGUGGAGUGAGACAAAAUAUAUUAUGUUGGUGGUGUUUGAAUUGUAUUGUUGUUUAAAUGGAUCAGGAAAGUGUAGGGGGUUUUAGCUGUGGUUGGUAAAAUGAUCUUUUUAUUUUAGUAUCAUUUUAGACAAGCAUCCAAGGAUUUUUGAAAAGUGACUUUGCUGCUCAAUACACAUCCGGACACAUAAUAAUGCCUAGAAAAAAACAAAAUAAACUAUAGAAUAAUUAGGGCUGUGACAUUACAUGCCAUAGUUUUCAUUCUUAUGAUCGGAGAAGAGGAUAGGCAAUGAACAGAUGGGUCUGGAUUAGGGCACAUGGUGUUCACCUCUGGGAUCCAAGUUUGAAUCCCAUCCAGGAUGACGGGAUGCAAAAUGCAAAAUACUGCAAAUGCUGGAAAUCUGAAACAAAA